CAUUGUCUUGGCUGCCUAUACAGCCAUCCUACAGCUUGGAGCGGGGCGGCAUGGUGUCGAGAUUUCUACCGCGCUGCCAGAUUGCUGAGGCUGCAUCCGACGCCCUGCCACAGGCUGCCAGCUAUGGCGAUCUGCAGCCGGCGGAAAUUAACAACUUCCAGAUGCGGGUGAUGAUGCUGCAGGGAAGGAACCCACAGGUGCUUGCCAAACCCGCGCGAUGGCAGACCUACUUGUGGACGCAUGGAAGGCAUUGGGCGGUAGUCCUGCGGCCCGUGCCCGACCUCGAAGGAGAUGAGACGAUCCUCGAUGUCUGCCCUGAGCUUCUGAGAAAGCCUAGCCUAUCGGAGGAGCUGUAUGAGAAAGUGCCUGCUAAGCAGGCCUUCGUGGUCAUCGAGCUGCUGGUCGCCACGAGCGAGCAGGUGUUCUUUCCGCGCUUCACCGUAUUUCCUGGUUUCAACAUCAACCAUUCCACAGUCACUCGCUGCGAGUGCACUGCCCCGUGCCUGCUCUCGGACAUUGCUGGCAGGGCCCUAGAUGUGAUCGGCGGAUUCAAGAGCUACGGCGUGCUGGGAUGCAACUGCCAACACUUUGCCAACGGGCUGCUGCAAUCUCUUGGUCUCCAGUGCCGCCUGCCAGAGGACAUCUCCGUUAUGCACGCGGCAGAGAAAGGGGUGCAGGCAGUCAGCUUGUUCAAUGGCCUCUGCAAGGGCAUUGUUUGUGCCAAAGCAGCCACCGCUGUGGGAAGCAGUCUCACCACAGCUGGCACCGCAGGUGCUGGCACGCUGGCUGUCGGAAUAGGCGCUGCAGCCGUCACGGGCCACCUGUUGCUGGGCUGUGCGGUGGGCACGGCGGUGUCUUCAGGCAUCCAGAGGAGCUACAGCUGGGUCAGCAAGAAGCACCGCCGCGAUGCUGAGGCCGAGGCUGAGGAGCACAUCCAGAUGAUUGGCUAUAGCGAGAACUGGACGGCUGAGGCAGCCGAACUCUUGGCCAUCGAGGGCGCUCAGUGCAAGAUCACCACGCGGCAAGGGCGGCAGCUCCAGCUUGGGCCAGAUGGCGCGCUGAUCGAGCUGGCUGAUAUUGAUCCUUUUCACGACUUUCCGUUGACCGUUGGGAAGGAGGUCAAGCUCCAGCCGGGCGAGGCGCAAGUUGACGCACCCGGCCAACCAGAGCCUGAGCCAUCUGAGAGCCAACUGGCGUGAACGUCUUGCCGCUUCGAGGGUGUGGCCGUGCGAAGAAUGCCAAACGAUUUUUUGAUUGGGCA